GCCUUGAAAUAUUUCCCAUUUUACCGAUUUAUAGCCCGCGAGUAAUCUAAUCUAAUCAAUUAUGACGAAUUUUCAAUGCGCGUCACUGAAAUGUCGAAAGAAAUACCAUCACAUUUCACCCAACUCCAGUCAGUCUUUCGUCCACCAUGGCAAAGUGCGAAGUGAGGUUCGACAGCAAUCCGUACGGAGUCUACCUGGCAGGACAAACAAUGUCUGGCCAGGUGGAGUUGAAUAUCUUCAAGGUGAAGAACGUGAGAGCUGUGACGCUCAAGAUUCUGGGAUACGCCAAGGUUCGCUGGUCAGAGAGCACUUCGAGCAGCAACGGAAGAACAUCCACAACUACAACAGUCGUGUACCAUGGCAAAGAGGAGUACCUGGCUUCCAGCACGGAUCUUGUGGGCCGAUCGCAAGAUGGAAGUACACUCGAGCUGGCGCCUGGGACGCAUUCCUAUCGCUUCACGUGCGAUCUGCCCCACCAGGUGCCGACUUCCUUCGAAGGCUCCAAAGGAUACAUCAGAUACUUCGUGGUUGUGGCUCUCGAGAGGCCCUGGAAAUUCGAUCAAAAGUUUAAGGUGGCUUUUACAGUGCUGAAGCAGUUUGAUUUGAACUUUGAUUCACCAAUCUUGAGGCUACCAUGCCAAGCAAAUCUGGAGAGGAGUUUUUGCUGUGGCCCCUGCCGAACGGGGCCAAUGUCCAUAAUAGCUCACACUCCUCAGUCAGGAUACGUUCCUGGACAGACAAUCACUGUCCACGCCGAGAUUGCGAAUGCAAGCUCUGUAAAACUGGACGAAGUGAGGUUCGCCCUUAGGAAAAUAAUACGUUUCACGAGUCAGAAGCCCAGAAGUAAGACAAUUGAGGAAACCUUAACAAUCACUGAGGCCAGAAUUGCGGGUAUGAAGAAGAAGCAGAGCGGGAAGUUCGAGCAACAUCUCCAGAUUCCUCCACUUCCGCCCACAAGUCUGACACUCUGUCGUGUCAUCACCAUUUCCUACGAGGUGAAAAUUGAGGCCAAAGUGUCUGGAGCGCACUUGAAUCCGGUGGUGAAGAUUCCAGUCACGAUUGGAACGGUUCCGCUGAGGGACAAUGUGUACGCGAUUAUGCCUGCGAGUGAGGAUAUCUCAGGAGGUCCAGUUCAUGCAGAGCCUAUCUUGAAUCCAAUCCAGUCUCCAGGCUUUGACCAAAACCUGCCACCCCUUUCGUAUGAGGAGUGCAUUUUUGGGGCGAUUCAGGUGAAGGACGACGAGGAUGAUGAGAAGACAGUGAUGUCCUGCAAGCAAAAUGCUCCUCGCUAUCCUGUCUACAACUGCAGCAAUUGGCCAAAGUGUGGCGGGAAGAUUGAGACCAAGGCAAUCGAGCCUCUGGUGCUUCCUGAGCUGCCUAGGAAUAAUGCUCCCGAGCAGGAAAUUUCAGAAGAGAACAAGGGAGAGAAACUAUGAUAGAACAUAAAGCAUUGUCUUAUCUAUUCCAUCCAUUAAAGAGCUGUAAUUUGGCUGUAAUUCAUG